CUCAUAACGGAAAUGGCUGCUGCGAGAGCGCUCAUAUUACCUGGCGUUUUCUGUGUGUCUGUGUUUUGUAUUUUCUCAUGGAAGUAUUCAGUUAUAGGUGUUCAAGCUGCCUUGCAGUUGGCAGGACGCGGACUGCUGUUUCUGGCUCUGGCAGUAUGGAUGGUCUCCUCUUUGUACCCAAAGUUGAAGUCUUUUUUGUUUCCAGCGAGUCCUGCAGAACUGGAAAAUCCAGUUGAUGAAGCAUCUAGCAGAGUAAAGCAGGAGCAAGCGAGAAGAGAGCAGCAGGAGCACCAUGUUGUUAAGUCCAGUGCUUAUCAUGAAGCUGUGUUGAAGCCUCGACAGGAAGCAGUGCGUAGGAAGAAAGAGGAAGACUUCUAUCGUAUGACUGGACAGACAUGGAAGCUUAGCCAGGGUUCCACACUGGGAGGGGAGGAAGAGACUGAGGCAAACACAGAGGAGGAUGAUAACAAGACCCCCAACCAGAAGGCAGCAAGGAGACGAAAGCAGCUAGAGACGCCACAUCAAGCUCCUGUUCAGAAAGAACUCCCUAAGGAGAAAAAGAUCAUAAUCUUACCAGAUGAGCCUCCAGAAAACACUGAGGGGGUUUUGAGGAUUGCACUGCGAUGUCCGAGUGGAAGAACAUUACAAAGGAGGUUCUUCAAAGCCUGCAGUUCUUCACAUGCAUCUGUCUGCUUAGGUUCUUUUAGACUGGCUGCACAAGUCUGGAUACUCUCCUGCAAUAUAUGCCCUGUACACCUCCUACCCCCGAAUGCCCCUUCUCACACAUUCAGACCUCACUAUGGAGGAUGUUGGGAUCGUUACAAACACUGUCCUCAAUGUGGAGGAAAAAGACCCUUCCACAACCUAAUAAUCUUCUAAAUGGAUUUAUAUGGUUUGUGCCAUCUCUAUUGCCAAACAGUACAUUCAGCAUUUCUCCCCAUGACAUUGUUAAUCCACCACCUGACCUGCUCCAUAACCUGCCAUCUGAUCUGCCACUGGACCUGAUGUGCCACUAGACGUGCCAGUGGACCUGCCGCAAGACCUGCUAAUGGACACGUCUCAUUUGAGGCAGCUGCCAGCAAUCCUGCUUUUUUGCCAUGGCUACAGUGAGCAGGCAAACAGUCAGUAAAGGGAAGUGCCAUGGCAUGGGGGAGCUAAGGAGUUCCACCAUGCCUACGAUCCAAUCCUGUCAAAAUAAGAGCCCUCAAGCGUUAUAUAGAGUCUGUAUAUACAGACCAAAACAUGAAAACAUAAGACUUAUAAUUCUGAGACGGCCUAGUGACUUGAGUACAACCAAUCAGUUCUUAUUGCUAUUAAAGCUUCAUUUAUAUAUAGCUCCUAAAGGCUUGAAAUAAAUUAGGAGUGUUAAAUUAGACGUGUAAACGGUUAACAAAUGAUCAGUAUAAGGGACUUAACAAAGACUAUGAAAGCAUAGUAAUAACUUACAGUAAGAGUACAUGAAUGCAAAACAAUUACAUUUCUGGAAAAAAAUUGUGGAGCUAGAUGUCAAACGUUGUCAAAUUGACUUAAUUGUAAAACAAACAAAAAUACUGCUUAUUCUCAUAUUUUUGGCCUGAAGUGUAUGAAUAAAAAAAUUCUUUUCCACCCAACACUUUCUUUAUUAUUAUAACAAAUGUAUCAUUUUUAUUAUUUUAUUUAAUUGGUUUAUUUUAAACAUUUAUAAUAUUGAGUUUUAAAAACAUUGACCCUCAGUCUCCAAAUCCACAGACAUUAAGAAGAAAUUGUUUGCAAACUGGUGGUUAAUGGUUAAUAGUUUUGUACUAGCACUAUAUACACAAUAUGUUUGUUAGUACUUAUUACAAAAAAUCCAACCCAAUACACAAAUGUUGAUCUAAACAAAAGAAAAGAAACGAACCUGCAGCCAGCUGCGCACAUUACAUGCCUUAUAAAUAAGCAAAAAUCUUAUCACUAGACCUGCCAACAGAAUUGCCACUGGACCUGACACUGGACACACCCCUCGACCUGGUAAGCUCGUCUGUUCAGUAUUACACUACGCUGGCUUUCUGAUGACAGCAAGGUCUUGCUUAUGACAUUUAAAACUUUUAAUGGCCUUGCAGUGGCUCAUCUCACUGACUCACUGUGCUGUAACACGGAAGAUCAUAGUUUUGUGUAGCUCUCAAAUUACAGAGAAUGUUAGGAAUGCAAGCUGCAUAACAUAUAAAUCCAGAUUAGAAAGAUUUGUCAGGCUAACCUGGGCCAAGUACACCUCUGCCCAUUUUCUCCCUUUGUUUAUGUGCUGUCAUUUCAUGUAGAUAAUCGGAUGCUUUUAUAAAAAAUGUAUUUUAUAAAGAAUUUCUUUUUAUUUCUUUUAUAAAGAAAUACACCACUUUAAUUUUCUCUUUUAUCGUCUGUAUUUACACUGUCAUUAUUCCACUUUUAGGGAUGUUGGGAUUUCAUGCUGAGACAGCAAGCUUUUUGUAUAAAUGUGCACAAAUACAUCAUUUCUUUUUUUUUUUUUGUAUGAAAAAGACUUUUGUUCAGGUGGUUGAUGGCGGCCCAAUAUCUUAGGAAGGCACUCUGUUGUUUUUGUAAUUUGUCAUUUGUCUGUGUCUUGGAUUUAAUAUAUGUACAUGUACAUUUCUUUUUAUGUAUGGGCCAUUUAGACAGCUUUUGGUCAGAUUUGUGCCUUAUCCUAAAUUGUGCAGAUAUUUUUGCACACUGUAUCACAAUCCUGGAUGGGUAAAACACCCCUAGGAAGAGUAGGAAGAGUACAUACCUGAAUUUUUAAGGUUACUUUCAUUUUGUGAAAGUACAGUUGUAAAAAACAUCAUUAAUGCAUUAAUGUUGCAUGCCUGAACGAUUCCUUUAGCCUUGUGAUUCUUGGGCUAUUUUGGCCUUUUUUGAAUGCUACUGAUUUUGCCUUUAUAAUGGAACAUUAAAAACGGUUUAUGAUGACAA